AUGGCACUUUCUUCGCGCGUGAACCGCCCAGGUUCCGAGGCUUCCGGCUCGGUGUUGCAGGUUUCCAGGGGAUUCGAAGUCCGAAUGGGACUACGAGUGAUUUUAGUUUUUGUGAGCACGUUCCUGUUGUUAGACUUUGCAUCAUUUUUCGGUUGUGUCCGAACUCUGGCUGAGGAACCAACAGAACCAGCCUGCGUGACUACAGGGGCUGUUACCAAGUGCACUUGCACAAAACCUGCGGAAGCGAGCAACACGGAUAUCACAGCAACCCUCUCGGAAGAGAAAAACGCCCUAGAAAUUGGCUGCAAAAGUCAUGAGCUGAAAUGCGCUCCCGAUGGCUUGGAGAGCAACGAGGUCUGCCCUUCAACCACAGCCAGCCUGAAGGAUUGCGAAAAUGGACAGCGAGGUAGCAACCCAACGCCAUUCGACAUCAACACUCUCCUCAGCGGUUCCUCGAAAAACGUUUCCUGGAAAUCUUGUAAUGCCGCUGGUGACGAUGCGUGCACCACUAAGAAACUAGAGAUCCCUCGCGAAAAUUUCCCAUUUGUCGACAAAUCAUUUGUUGUCGGUUGCGUAGAGAACAGCAGCAAAGAAAACAAAAUGAAAGUGACUGUGACACUGGAAGCGAGGGCAAGUGCAACGGAAGAACAGACCGUCACCUGCGCCUACGGAGUGAAUAGCAAUAAAGCACACCAAACCGUGACUCUGACUCCGGAGAAGAACAGCUUCACUUUGGUCUGUGGCGACCAGGGAGAUGUUCUCCCGACAAAUUACAAAGAGAAGUACUGCGUGAGUGAAAUCGGGACGGCAGCAUCCGAGUCCUGCACUGGAGCGUACAACGGCGUUUUCCCGAAUUACGAAGAGACAUGGUGGACGACAACCGCAAACACUGACGAGUACAGGUUCACGAUUCCAGAAGGGCAAUUCCCGGCGGACGAACAGAAGAUUACUGUUGGCUGUCAAAAGAAGGCCACUGCUGAGCCGGGAAAACAGAGGACGGAGAGCGAAGAAAAGGGUUCGAGUGUGUGCAGUGUUGACGUGACGAUUGUGGCAUCUGCAGCUUCACCCGCGACAUUGACAAGUGGGAUGGUUGUUGUGUGGCUUUCUUUCGUUAUUAUUGUCUCCUCAUCUCUUUUGUAG